GUAAGAGGUGAAAAUAAGGGACAUGAGCUGAGAAUCGCCGGCGAAACAAACGUGGCCGGAAUGGUACCAGACCACCUGUGCCUGAGUGUGUUUAUGUGGAGACUGUGGUGUUUAUUGAGACUGCAAAAUCCCACUUUUUCUGAAAGAAUGAUGAAAUGAACCAGUUGCUGAAUAUACAAUAUAUAUAGAGAUGUGGGAAUCAAGAUAAACAAAGAAAAACUUAAGAUACAAAAGCAAAAAACAACAACAAAAAACAAGUGAGACAAAAGUGUACAUAGAAUGACAACAGACAGAUUAAGAAGGCAAAAAAUAUAAUAAUUAUAACAAAGAUAAAAAAAUAAAAAAAGCUGUGAGUGAGGAGAGUGAGAGUGCUGCCUCUUGUAUCCUAUGGUGCGUCCCGUGGUUAUGGGAAAAAGAAGAAUUCCAAAGAGCUUCAAAACUUUCUGUUGCCGGCUGGCGUGGUGUGGGUGCAGGCAGGACAGUGGGAGUAGCAUCAGUGGCAGCCACAACAGCAACGAAGAGACCACCGCCAUGAAUGGGUCUGUCGGCGAGCGCGUCGCCAUCCUGGAUGCUGGGGCACAGUAUGGGAAGGUCAUCGACAGACGUGUCCGAGAGCUCAAUGUGGAGUCAGACAUUCUACCUCUCGACACCCCUGCCUACACUUUAAAAGAAAAAGGAUAUAGGGCUAUAAUAAUCUCUGGUGGUCCAAGCUCAGUAUAUGCCGAGGACGCUCCACGGUAUGACUCUGAUAUCUUCAAAAUAAAUGUACCUGUUUUAGGAAUCUGUUAUGGCAUGCAGCUCUUAAACAAAGAGUUUGGCGGUACGGUGCUAAGAAAAGCUGCAAGGGAAGAUGGCCAGUAUACCAUAGAAGUUGAUAAUUAUUGCCAUAUAUUCAAAUAUAUGGGGGUUAAACAGAAUGUGCUACUAACCCAUGGUGACAGUAUAGACAAGGUGGCUGAUGGUUUUAAGGUUGUAGCUACAUCUGGAAAUCUUAUUGCGGCAAUUGCAAAUGACAAACUUCGCCUUUAUGGCGUUCAGUUCCAUCCGGAGGUGGAUCUAACUGAACAAGGUGUAACCAUGAUGAGGAAUUUCCUCUAUGAAAUUGGUGGACUCUCAGGGACUUAUACACUCCAAAGCAGAGAACUUCAGUGUAUCAACUAUAUUAAGGAGAUUGUAGGAACCAACAAAGUAUUGAUGCUGGUCAGUGGAGGUGUUGACUCUACUGUAUGUGCAGCUCUUCUUCACAAAGCACUUGCAGAAGAACAAGUGAUUGCAGUUCACAUUGACAAUGGGUUCAUGAGGAAGAAUGAAUCGUUGCAAGUGGAACAAUCACUGCGGAAGCUUGGCCUUAAACUCAGGGUGAUCAAUGCGAGGCACCAGUUCUAUGACGGUACCACGAGUAUACCUGUGGAUAGUAGUGAUCCAAUGGGUAGAAAGCGUGUCACAAAUUUACUUUGUAUGACCUUAAGCCCAGAGGAAAAGCGAAAAAUCAUCGGGGAUACUUUUAUUAAGGUAGCCAAUGAAGUGAUUGCAGAAAUGAACCUGAGGGCAGAUGAGGUGAUGCUAGGCCAAGGCACACUUCGGCCUGACCUCAUUGAAUCAGCCUCUUCCCUGGUCUCGGGUAGUGCCCAGAAUAUCAAAACCCACCACAACGAUACUGACCUUGUGCGGGUCCUCAGGUCAGAGGGCAGAGUGGUCGAGCCAUUGAAAGACUUCCACAAAGAUGAGGUUCGACACAUUGGUAGAGAUUUAGGCCUCUUGGACGAGUUUGUUCAGCGGCACCCUUUCCCAGGUCCUGGCUUGGCUAUCAGAGUCAUAUGUGCAGAAGAGCCCUUUAUGGAACGAGAUUUUUCUGAAACCCAAGUUGUCUUAAAAGUCUUAGUGGACUUUGCAGCAAGUGUUCAAAAGAAACAUGCCUUGCUGAACCGUAUAGAAAACUGCACCUCAGAAGAUGAACGUCAAGAACUCCAUAGAAUCUCUAGGAGUCAGACUUUAUAUGCCACAUUAUUGCCUAUCAAAUCAGUUGGAGUCCAGGGAGACUGCAGGACAUACAGCUAUGUAUGUACUCUUUCCUGCGACUCCGAUCCAGUGUGGGAAGAUAUCUUAAUUUUAGCUCGUCUUAUACCCAAGAUUUGCCAUAAUAUCAACAGGGUGUGCUUUGCUUUUGGUGGUGCAAUCAAGGAUCUUGUACAGGACAUCACCCCAACCACGCUAACUCCUGGAGUGUUGGCUACUCUCCGACAGGCUGACUUCUUGGCCAACCAGGUGUUGGCAGAAUCUGGGUUUACUGAAAAGCUUGCUCAGAUGCCAGUAGUGUUGAUUCCAAUACACUUUGACCGCGAUCCAGUAACACGCCUCCCAUCCUGCCAGCGCUCUCUUGUUCUCAGACCUUUCAUCACUCAUGACUUCAUGACUGGCAUUCCUGCGUUACCUGGGAAACACAUCUCACCUGAACUGGUAAACAAAAUGGUGGCAGAGAUGCUUGGAGUCCCAGGGAUCAGUCGAGUGUUGUAUGACUUCACCUCCAAGCCACCAGGAACAACUGAGUGGGAGUGACCGUGCCAGCACCAUCUCCAUCAGCUGACCAUGACAGGCGGCUGAGGGACAGGAAGUGCUAGAUCUCAUGUCUCCUUUCCUUUGAGAUUCAGUGGUUGCCUUGGACAAUUAAAGAGUGUGCAUAGUAGUGUAUGGUCGUAAGGUCAAAAUAAACUUAGAACUCAGGUCAAAGGUGUGCAUGAACACAAGUGAUCUCCUCCAUUUUAUGACUAAAGUGAAGUGUCAGUGGGAAGAGAACAGAAAGAGAGAGAGCAAGAGAGAGAGUGAGCGCGAGAGAGACAAGAAAAAAUCAUAGUUGUGAUUGUAAAGACAAUAAAUGGCACCUCAUAAAUCUCAUUGCAUAGACAAAAUUUUACAGUGAGAUUCAAUUUACAUUUUCACCAAAAUAUAAAGAGACUGAACUUUUGAGUGUACAUUAUCACCAAAAAAGGAAACCCUGAUAAUGCUUUGCCACAGAAAAAUCCAAAUACCUGUUUAGGCAUACCAUUUAUAUAUCUGCCUACAGUAUGGUAACAGCUACCGGCCAGUCGUUGCACACAGUUUUAAAUGUUCCUUUUUGUUUUUUAUGGAGAGCUUUGAAUUAAUUUAUUUCUACAACUCUUCUUUUUACUUUUUCUUUUCACCCAGCUAUUUUUUUAUAUAUUUCGCCCUAUUGUUAUUUUUGCAAAAGUGGCGCUUCAAAAGUGUGUGUCGACCCCGAGGCUUUGACCGGAGCUCAGGGUUCGCUCGUGUGUGCAUGUGUCCAGUGGUGAUGUGCACGGCGCUGGAUGACUCUGGUAGCUCAACAUGGCUGUGAUGACUAGACCGGUCGCCAUGAUGCGGGUGGGUGCUGGGGAGAAGCUCCUGUCCAGCCUCUCAAAGAUGUGGGAUGGGGAUGGGGAUAAGGGGGUGGGCUGGGGUAGGGGGAUAAGAAAAACAGGGGUGGGCAAGGGGAUAUCAGGGGGGAUUCAAGAUUACUGAAAGAAAAUAAAGAAUAAAGCAAAAGUAAAUGAUGACAAUGAUGAUGAAGAUGAAAAAUAUGAAAGGAUGUGAUGGUACAGUUUCUCAUUCAUUCCAGUGCUGUGUACAUGCAUUGAGCUUUUGAGCAUGGAAGAUAAAUACGCAGUAAUGAUCACAUAGAGCGGGCCUGUAAACUUGAACUUCACAGCAUGAUUCCUUAAAAGAGAAUGGUUGCAACCUUGUGGAUGAGAAACAGAACCAUUAAGCUGAUAUUUGAGUUUAUUUCCAGUGAUUUUAAUGUAUGUAGUUAUAUUAGACAUUAUAUUGGUAAUGUACAGUCUUUUGAAAUUUGCUCUCAGAGAUCCACUUAAGAGGCUAAAGAACUUUCGAAAGUGUUUUGCACAACUAUUGUGUUCAUUUAGAUGGAAGGAGCUAGAAACAUUCGGUGAAAAAAAAUUUGGCAGUUUGAUUGUAUUAUAAUUGUUAGUUUUUUAUCACUUGCUUUAUGGAUCUAUAAUACCUACAAAAUUAUAUUGAGAAAUAAAUAUGACUUUAAAUC